UCCUUUUUUUAUAACGAAAGAAAAAGUGAGCAAUUUAGUAAACUUUUUAGACCAGAUUCCAUUGGUUCCACCUCUCCUCUAUGCUCUCUUCCCUCCACCCCCAACAUCGUUUGCGAGCAAGCCCUGUGCUACCCCCAUGGCAUUGAUUUUCCACUCAUCCAUCGGCCGCAAUGCAUCGGACACAUUAGCUUCUUGAUACUAUGUCUUCCUCUGAGACAACACAUCGUCGCGUUACCAGCAAGUAACCAUAGAACUCACCAUGUUGUCUGGAGCAUGUAAGAUACAGAUCGGUCACAUCCUAAAAAUGGACUAGUCAAGAUUAUGCCCCCUACACCUCGCUACAAAUGUUCUUUACAGCGUCAUUCUGCGCAUUCUGUAGGUCCAGAAUACGGUCUUCCCCUCCCCCAAAGAGAGAUCAUGGUGUAAUAUGCGCAAACAAGAGAGGAGUUUCUUUGUUGUCUUUGCUUAUAACAAAAUAGCUUUGGGCGGUUGGGGAGGCUGGUGCAGAUGUGUGAUAUGUAGCAAUGUCGGUCUGCUACUGUUUGCGGAACGACGACGAGAACGAAACAGGAUAUUUUAUUUUUGUUGUUUUGCAGUUCCGAGGAACCAAAAGAAUGAACCCUGUAGCGUUUGCCAAUGCCAUCCACCCCCUAAGCUAAUCUUUCCGCGGGACGGGCCAUGUGCGUACGUACAACGUUGCUAUUGUUAUUGUUGCUUGGUUGCUGUUGUUGCUAUUCUAUCUUUUGUAUUUAUAUCUAGUAUCAUUGCUUGAUGUAUCUGUUAUCAUUGCUGAUGCUGAUUGGAAUGGACAAUCUCAAAGGGGCGUCGAGAUGAUCUCGGCCAAUGCCAUACUUGGCAACUUUCUAAAACUUGUAUCAAUCAACAACAAUCAAACCUUAUCCCUCCUUUCCCCACCCCAACCCACCCCCAAGAAGAAUCGCUACUCUUCUA